GAGGGUGACGCCAACAUGGAGGGCAGGAGGACCGCCAGCUGCUGGGUGGCCAUUGUCCUGGCGGUGCUGGGCUCUGUAUACUGUGCACCCUAUAAACAGGUCUCCCCGGAGAUUACGAUGGAACAAUUACUGUGGGUGAGCGGUCGGGUGAUCGGCGAAGUGGACACCUUCCGCAUCCCGCUCAUCACUUACACCCCUCGCGGACAUCUCCUGGCCUUCUCCGAGGCCCGCAAACAUUCUGCCUCUGAUCUAGGGGCAAAAUUUAUAGCCACCCGCAGGUCACAAGAUGGGGGUUACACCUGGGGGCCCACAUCCUUCAUUAUAGAUGAUGGCUCUAUAGCAGAUGGACUGAACCUGGGUGCUGUUGUGGUAGACGACGAGACAAGAAACAUCUUCCUAGUGUACACACUGUGUGCCCAUUACCGGCAGUGUGCCGUCUCUAGUGUCAUGGUCACCAACAGCUCUGAUGAUGGUAUCACCUGGAGUACACCGAGAAAUCUCUCCCAUGAGAUCGGUACAAAAAUGUUCUCCCCUGGGCCAGGCUAUGGGAUACAGAAAAAGUAUGAGCCAAAGAAAGGACGGCUGAUCGUGUGCGGUCAUGGGACCCUGGAUGAGGAUGGAGUGUUCUGUCUCCUAAGCGAUGACCACGGGAACACGUGGAAGAAAGGUGGAAAUUUAGAGGGUCUGCCAUUCAAGCAGCAAAAAAAAAUGGGUGACUUUAGUCCUGAUGAAUGUCAGCCCUACGAACUCCCCGAUGGCUCAGUGGUUAUUAAUUCCCGCAACCAGUACUUUUAUCACUGUCACUGCCGGAUCGUGGUGUACUCCACCGACGGCUGCGAUUCUCUACCGCCGGAAAAUGUCCGCUUCGACGAAGGUUUGCCCGAUCCAGCCGUGGCUGCCGGAGCUUUGUAUAAAGGGGGAGUGACCUACUUUGUGAACCCGUCACACCAGACUCAACGUGUAAACCUCACUCUACGCUGGAGUUUCAAUUCCGGAGACUCGUGGGAGCAGAACAUCCAGAUCUGGCCGGGUCCUAGCGGAUACUCCUCCCUCACCACCCUCUCCCAUAACGUCGAAGACAACGCGAACAUCUUCAUUGUGUAUGAGAAAGGAAGACAAGAUAUUACAGAAUCCAUCUCUUUUGUUAAAGUUAAUCUCUACGGCAGUCUCUGAUUUGGCUGCAUCGCUACCGGAUCCAAUACAAGAGGUUACAAAAUGCCAGGAAUUAUUUAUUUGGUGCCAAAGUCUGACUGUCUUGAAUAGAAAAAAAAAA